AUGUCCACAGAAGCAGCGCCUGCGCCGGCGGUCGCAAGCCCCUCGGCACCCGAAGAGCGCAAGCCCAUCCACACCCUCGUCCUCGAUACCGGCCCGUUGAUCAAGAACGACCCUCCCGUCAGCACGCUGCUCGCUCAGGCCGAUGAGCUGUUUAUGCUGCCCUCCAUCAUCGACGAAAUUCGUGAUGUUAACACCCGCACCCGAGUCCAGACCACCCUCAUGCCCUUCGUCAAGUUGCGAAGUCCUCGCCCCGAGAGCAUCAAGUUCGUCACAAACUUUGCGCGCCGUACCGGAGACCUCGAGGUUCUCAGCAGACCCGAUUUGCACUUGCUUGCUCUGACCUAUGAGCUUGAGGUCGACAGAAAUGGAGGCGACUCCAGGCUCAGGAAAGACCCCAACCAGCGUGUGCCCAACACCCAGCCGACUACCAGCGACGCUGUCGAACCCAAGGCGGAUCAAGGGGAGGCUACUGCAGAUGCGAAUAAGAAUCCCGAGCAAGCAGCAAACGACGAGGCAACAGGAACUAGCGAGCAGCCCGGAACAACGGAAGCGCAGCCUGCUGAUGUCGACGCGACGACAAUUGCGCAAGAGAUGGACAAGUUGGACGUGGAAGACAAAUCGAACGAAGAACCCUCUGUGAAUGUUGUCGAUGACGCUGCCGAGACACCCGACACAGCUGCGGCAAAUGAUGAUGGGUCAGACUCCGAGGACGGCUGGAUCACACCGUCCAACGUCAAGAAGCACAAAGAGAAGGACAGCAAGAAGCUCCAGCCGACGGCACCAGCGGUCGACAUCAAGGUCGGCAUUCUCACUUCCGAUUACGCCAUGCAGAACGUCGCCCUGAGAAUUGGGCUGAACCUUCUGUCGCCGGCCAUGUCGCGCAUCACGCAGCUCAAGACCUGGGUCUUGCGUUGCCACGGCUGCUUCCAGGUCUGCAAGCAGAUGGACAAGCAAUUCUGCCCCAGCUGCGGGCAAGCGACCCUCACCCGGACCUCGUGCACGACCGAGGAAGACGGCACAUUCAAGAUUCACCUGAAGCGCAACUUUCAGUGGAACAAUAGGGGCAAUGUCUUCAGCAUCCCCAAGCCCGUUGCCGGCACGGCCAGUGGCAAGCUCCAGAAGCACGCGGGCGGCAAGAACAACUGGGGCACCAACUUGAUCUUUGCGGAGGACCAGAAGGAGUACGAGAAGGCCGUCGGAGACAACCGUCGGGCUCGUCGGAGGGAUCUCAUGGACGAGGACUACCUUCCCAGCAUUCUGACGGGUGAACGUACAAGCGGCAACGGCAAGGUGCGUCUGGGUCCUGGAAGGAACAUCAACGGACGCAAGAGAAGAUGA